UACACAGGGCCCGGGCCUAAGUCCUCGCGAGAGCCGCGGACUCCGGUGCGGGAUGGCCGCUGAGCCGGGCGGAGCUGGCGCGCGGCUCCCGGAGCCGGCUCUCCGGCCCAAGACAUGGCCCGGGGGCCCGGCCUGCUAGGCCGGCCUCGCCCCGACACGGUCGCCAUGCCCAAGAGAGGGAAGCGACUCAAGUUCCGGGCCCACGACGCCUGCUCUGGACGAGUGACCGUGGCGGAUUAUGCCAACUCGGAUCCGGCGGUCGUGAGGUCUGGACGGGUCAAGAAAGCCGUCGCCAAUGCUGUGCAGCAGGAAGUAAAAUCUCUUUGUGGCUUGGAAGCCUCCCAGGUUCCUGCAGUGGAAGCUCUUUCUGGGGUUGGUGAGCCCUGUGAUAUCAUUGACAGCAGUGAUGAGAUGGAUGCCCAAGAGGAGAGCAUCCGUGAGAGAACCGUCUCCAGAAAAAAGAAAAGCAAGAGGCACAAAGAAGACCUGGACGGGGCUGGAGGAGAAGAAUAUCCCAUGGAUAUUUGGCUAUUGCUGGCCUCCUAUAUCCGUCCUGAGGACAUUGUGAAUUUUUCCCUGAUUUGUAAGAAUGCCUGGACUGUCACUUGCACUGCUGCCUUUUGGACCAGGUUGUACCGAAGGCACUACACGCUGGAUGCCUCUCUGCCUUUGCGCCUGCGACCAGAGUCAAUGGAGAAGCUGCGCUGUCUCCGGGCGUGUGUGAUCCGAUCUCUAUACCAUAUGUAUGAGCCGUUUGCUGCUCGAAUCUCCAAGAAUCCAGCCAUUCCAGAAAGUACUCCCAGCACAUUAAAGAAUUCCAAAUGCUUACUCUUCUGGUGCAGAAAGAUUGUUGGGAACAGACAGGAACCAAUGUGGGAGUUCAACUUUAAGUUCAAAAAACAGUCCCCUAGAUUAAAGAGCAAGUGUGUGGGAGGGUUGCAGCCUCCCAUUCAGUAUGAAGAUGUUCAUACCAACCCAGACCAGGACUGCUGCCUACUACAGGUCACCACGCUCAAUUUCAUCUUUAUUCCAAUUGUCAUGGGAAUGAUAUUUACCCUGUUUACUAUCAAUGUGAGCACGGACAUGCGGCAUCAUCGUGUGAGACUGGUGUUCCAAGAUUCUCCCGUCCAUGGUGGUCAGAAACUGCGCAGCGAACAGGGUGUGCAAGUCAUUCUGGACCCAGUGCACAGCGUUCGACUCUUUGACUGGUGGCAUCCUCAGUAUCCGUUCUCCCUGAGAGCAUAGUUACUGCUUCCUGUCCCUGAGGGCAGCCCUGAGCUAGGCCAGUCCAUUAGUAAUCAGAUUCCAGUUUGGAAGGGGUGUCUGGAUUGUAUAUCUGGUUAAUAAUGCACGUGCUCUUCCGGUUCCCCCGGGGCUCCUGUUAGGGAAGGAGAAGGAUAGAAUCAAGAGGAAAAACAACUAUGAUUUAUAAACAUAUUUUAAUGUAAAAAUUUGCAUUUGAAAGGAGAAACCGGGCCCUAUUUUCUGUGUUAAACCCCAUUUGGUGCUAUUGAGUUGUUGUUCUUUAUUCUUUUAUCCCAGCAAAAAUGAAUGAUCUUGCUGUAGGGAAAAAUUAAACUCAUCCAUCUCCGAACAAGGAAGUUUCAGCAUUCCCUUGUGAUCAGAGAGGAGCCUUUGAGGCCUGAAAUUGUUGCUACUGCUGUUUCCCAUUAAGCUGCCCCUCAAAUUCAAGUGAAUAUUUUCUCUUCUCCCUUUACCCUUCUCCAGAAAUAAAGCAGGUGACAGGGUUUUCAGAAUCUUAUAAGAUUGACUUGUGUAUCUUUCUUUAAAAAUAAUUUUGGAUAUUUAUUGCGUAAAUAUUCUUUUUCCAAUUUUGGAUUUUAGGAUUUUUUUUUUUUUUUUUUUUUUUUGCAUGAGGUUUGAUAGUGAUGGUGGUGAUGACUUUGUGCCCUUCAUACUAUACCAGGAACUUUGUGAAAUAUCUCUAAUUCUCAUGAUCCUGCAAGGUAGGGAUGCUCUUCCCAUUCUGUAGUUGAGAAAACUGCAUCAGUGACUUACCCAAUGCCAUAUGGCCAGGUCUUUUUGCUAAACCACAGUUAAAAAGUUCAGUUUCAUUCCCUGUGGUAGAUUGUGGCAAAGGGGAUUAGGCAGGCAGAGUGUACAUAGAUAAGAAAGUAAAAGGGUGAAUAAAAAUUUGAUUGUGGUAUACCUUAUCCCUCACCAGUCUAAAAGGUGUAUAACAUUGAUGAGUCUUUGAAAUGAUAUGUUUUAAGUAAAUUGUAAAACUAACCAAGAAAGGCAGGAAGGAUAAGAAGCACAAUGAUAUUUUCAUUGAAUUGUUAGAAAGGCAUUUACUAUGCUGAAGGUCAUUUAAAAAAAAGAAUGCAUCCCCAUGUUAAAACUAGCCUCCUGAACUAUAAGCACUUAGUGACCUUAUUCUGCUUUGCCAGGCCCUGUGCUGCCCAUCAUCCUUUGUGCCCACAGGCCUUUCAUCCCUGCAGAAAUGCUAAUGUCCUGUUAGAGGGCUUGCUGUAGCUGGUGUACUCUGAGAAGAGGAUCGGGGGUAGGAUUUUGGUUUUAUUUUCUUUUUGCUAAGGAGAUAACCUUGCUACUUGUCCUCCCUCCUGAGCCCUCCAAGUUAGCCAGUGAGCUGGGUAUUAGCUGGAUGUUGCCAUGAGAUGGCCAUUAACAUAAUAUUCUUAGAACAUGAAAAUCUUGUGGGGCAGUUAUUAUCACAAACCAAAUUGUAAAAUUAGUGUUUUUUUCCUUAAUCAUCCUCCCUAACCCCUGUUAUUUAAAGAAUAUUCUUAGGAAGCAUCUGCUUAAUACAGCUGCUAGCAGUUAAACGUUUUUCCUGCACUGAGGGUGGUACUAAAAGCUGUUUACAUGGAAAGUGAGCCUGGGUCAGUGAAAAUCAGAAUUUGCGCAAGUAAAUGAUAAAAAAACAAUAAAAGAACCCAAGGACAGUAAGCACCUUGGACAAUAAGUACCUUUCACAACCAAAAGUUGCUUCUUUGAGGCAGAAGAAGAGAAGCACAGAGUUCUGGUUCCCUGGACUGAAGAUACCUAGAAGUAGAAGGGAAUUAUUCUGGUGGAUCCAUGUCCUUCCCCAUUUGAGAGUUACCUUUAAAAGGGGAGUGAAAUUAAUUUGGUUUAAUAAUUGUGUUCCGACUCAUCCUUUUAAGUUUUUAUAUUAAACUUUAUGAUGAUAGGUAUAGUAUUAGGUGUCAUCUCAGCUGUUCUCUUAGCAUGAUAUUGACAGACACUUGGUGAAGUGUAUUAUCAUGGCUUCUGCCUUCCUUCUGCUUUGACUGAGUUGCCUUUUCUAGGAUGAUUCAUUUUAGUGAAAGGAUGUGUGAAGUGUCUCAGAUUUCCUUUUGAAGAACCCCAAACCACCUGGAGAAGAAUUGGAACUUCUCGACUACUUUUGUAAAAACUGCUUUGUAAUAUUCACUUUUAAAAAUACAUGUCUUGAUUUUGCUCUCAGGGUCAAACAAAAUAACACAAAUUUAGCUCCAUUUCUCACCCUUAUAAUAAAUCAGAAUUACUCAAAAUUUCCUGCCUUCUACUGAAGAUACAAGGAAACUAAGCCAGUUGGUGAAUUUAUUGAAAGAAAAAAAUAAAGGAAAGGUUGUGUGUGCCACCGA